AUGGAAAGCCGGCAGAGCAAUGAGAAGAAGGUCUACGACUACCAGCUGGUCGUCGACGUCGAGUCGAACACCCUGGACGACUCGUACGACCAUGUGUUCAAGGACCCGAAAAAGCUUGCCUACUACUCGAAGAUGUACGACGAGAGUGACUACGAGUGCCGCCACUUGCUUGACCCCGAUUUGACGUGGACCAAAGAGGAAGACCGCAAGAUCGUGUGGAAAAACGACUGGAACGUCACCUUUUUUGCGUUUUGCUGCUUCACCGCAUUGAACUUCGAUCGGUACAACUUGGGCCAGGCGCUCGCCGACGAUUUCUUGAAGGAUGGCGGCAUGACCACUAACGACUACAAUAUUGGCCAGACGAUUAACUUGGUGUGUUUCCUUUUCGCAGAGCUUCCGUCGCAGCUUGUCCUGAAGAAGCUUGGUCCCGAGAUCUGGAUCCCCAUCCAGAUGAUCGCGUGGAGUAUGGUGUCGAUGUCCCAGGCGGCCAUCACCAACAAGGCGGGGUUCUUUGUCACCAGAGCUCUUUUGGGAGCGUUCCAAGGCGGGUUUAUUGCCGACGUGUGUUUGUGGAUGUCAUACUUCUACACUGGUCCCGAGCUUCCUCUUCGCAUGGGGUUAUUUUAUAUCUCCAACCCUUUAACUCAGGUAUUGCUGGCGCUCGUCUCGCUUGGGCUUCUUCGAAUCAGCACUUCAGUGCUCCCUCAUGGGUGGCAAUGGAUGUUUAUUAUUGAAGGUGUGGGUACUCUCCUCGUUGGGGUGGCGGCGUUCUUCCAAAUGCCUCCCUCCGUGGUAUCCACCAAGACCUGGUACCGACCCAAAGGGUGGUAUACUGACCGAGAGGAGAAGAUCCUCGUCAAUAAGGUAUUGCGUGAUGACCCUGCUAAGGGUCUGAUGAAUAACCACACCCCCGUUGGUUUCAAAGAGCUCUUCAAAGCGUUAUGUGACUACGACCUCAUGUUCAUUUAUUUCGCCCGUAUCUUGGUCGAUAUUGGCGCCUCCCCAACUUCACUGUACUUGACGUUAUUAUUGCGACAAAUGGGGUUCUCCACCGCCACCACCAAUGCCUUGACCAUUCCUCAUGCGUUUGGCACCAUCGUGUUUAUGCUUCUAUCGUGCUGGUUCUCGGAGAAGUAUAAUGCCCGCGCCUUUACUCUUGCCUUCCAACCGUUCUGGGUGCUCGUGUGUCUUAUCCCCUUCCUAGCGUGGCCAGGGUUCAUGAAGGACCAGUGGGGCACCUAUGCCCUCUUGACGAUGCUUUUGGCCCACGCCCCUUCGUGGCCAAUCUCGAUCACGUGGUGUCUGUCCAAUUCCAACUCCGUACGCAAUCGUACGGUGCUGGUGGCGGUGGUGAACAUCUUCAGUCAGAUUGCCGGGAUCAUUUCUGCUAACAUCUACCGCAAAGACGAUGCUCCUAUGUACCGUCGGGGUAACAAGCAGCUUAUUGCCAUUGCGGCUGCGGCGUUCGUGUGGUGCAUACUCGCUCGGGUGUGGUUCGGGUGGCGCAAUCACUGGAAGCAGAAAAAGUGGAACGCCAUGACCCCGGAAGAACAAGACGACUAUAUGAUGGACACCACCGACGAAGGCAACAAGCGACUCGACUUUAAGUUUGUCUACUAG